AUGAAACCGCGCGAACGUUAUUCAUGGAUAUCGCUUCCUGAGAGCGAUACCUUAAGCGGCAUCACGCAGCAUGAACACGCCGAACAGGGCGACGGCGUCGACCGCACUCGCAGGCCUGAAUCCCGAGCUCAAGAGCAACGCGAACACACCGAUUCGUCUCCUCAUGCUGCUCAGGAAAACGAGACGCUUCUCUCCAGCCGAGCAUCUACCGCACUCAGUGGAGCGAUCGAUGACCACUCGCUGGAUGAGCCGCAAAUAAGGAACUUCGAUGAUACCCAUGAGCGUGAGUGCAACACCGAGUACCCCAAGUUACUAUGUCCGACAUCUUCUGACGAGCUUAAAGCAAAGUUUCAAGAUCAAAGCCUGCGGGCAUCCACAGAUUGGGUGCCAUACACGCUGCGGCGCCCAUACCUGAUCACUCUUAGCCUAGCAUCACUCAUACUCUCGACCGUAUUAGCAGUCCUUAGCUGGCACUCUUAUAAAAACCAUGGACUCGGAGAUGAGGAUGGGUCUACUGGACUACUCAUUGGAUGGAGAUAUACGCCCACCAUCGUCGCCAUUUUCUUCACGCAGGCUGUUGUCCAGGUUGCAGAGGAUGUAAAGAGGACUGAAGCAUACGCACGCAUGGCCGGCCCCGAAUCUAUCGAAGCCAAGUUCACCCUGUUCUAUCUGCCCAAGGUCUGGUGGAAAAGCAUCUUUGUAGGUUUCUCUCGAAAGCGGAGCGGCGGCCACCGGAGAUGGAAUCUGGCCUUGUCUUCGCUCGCAGCUGGUAUCAGUGUGCUCAGCAUUUCAACCUUCUCGUCGUCCGUAUUCGUUGCGAAAGAAAUCUUGUAUCAGGAGGAUGUGCAGCUUCAACGGUAUGCCGCUGGCCAGACAAUUGGCGAAGACUUGUCACCCAUUCAGCUUUCACCUCGAAGAGAUACGUAUCUCCGAACUAUAAGUGGAUAUCUCUUCAACGUAUCUACAUCUAUCUGGUCGUCGAAUUCGCAAGUCAUUGUACCUUUUGGAGCAUCAAAUGGCGACAAGCGCCAUGCAACGCUUCCGAACGGUAUAUGGCAAGCAGAUACUGAGGUGUUCCAUCUAAACUACAGUUGCACAUCGAUGGCUCUGGUUGAGAAGGACAUAAUCGAUAUCACCUACAAGUAUACAGACAUCCCGAUAACGUCAUGUCCAAACGACACAUGUACUGUCUCCUCAAAGGGUUUCAAAGUUCGAUCAGAGGAUGGUUGUGAGGUCCAAAUCCAAGGUCCAAUCGCUCAAUGGGAUGCUUUGGGAGCCGAGUUGAACUCCGAUGGCUUCAUUAGCGAUACCUUUACAGAUGAUGGAGGCUUGCUCUGGACCAACAUGUCUUCCAAUUACGUGUCGUGGGAGACACUUAUUCGAGAUUACGGUCAGCCUCCAGCAAUUCGCUCCAUUGGAGAGAAGGUCCUCGAGCAAUGGUCUCGCACGUUCAUUUAUGGUUUCUCCGAUCAAUGCAUUGGGCGUGACCUGCUACUUGUAUCGCCUCAAUGGAUUGUCCGGCCGUCACCUGUCGAUGUGCCCGUGGGUGUAUGGGAGAAAGAAUCAUGGGACAACCUCACGAUACGGGCACAAGUAUGCACUCCGGAAUAUCAUACAGCUAGCCUCCCAGUCUCUGCAUCCAUCGACGGCGCUGAAACUUCCAUGUCCUUCGAUGUAUCAGAGUUUGAGCGACGCAGGCAGCCUGUGUCGAAACAAGCCAUCGAUUUCGACUUAUUGGAUGAUCUCACUUUUCGCAGUGACAGUUGGGACAAGGUAAGUUCUGACUUCAUUAUCUCCAUGGCAGCCGUCUUCGAAAGACAGACCGCAUUGAUUAGUCGGGAAACUUGGGACCCAUCACAUAUUGAUACACUUUGGGUGACAGCACCUUUUGAGCUUCUACAAGAGCCUAUCGACUUUUCCAACCCAGGCGAACGGACGCGCAAUUUCGACUUAGACGAGCAUAUGUUGGACUCAUCCAAUAUUCAGUGGCUCAACCACGCGUUGGACGAGAUCCUUCUAGAAGCACCGCAACUGGCGUGGACUAAGGACGAAUGGACGUUUACCCCACUUGAUAUGCAAGAGCUGCCAAACGUCACACGUCACCCGCAAACGCGUCUUUCAUCACCUCCGCUAUCCGAAGUCGAUUACAGUGCUCUCCGAUUGCCGUACCAGACUCCGGCUGGCUUGACCAAGCCGCAGACGUUUUUCCCAAUCGUACCAAUGAAGCGCUACAAGGAUUUGCAUUACCAACUACUCUAUUCGACGGCGAAUCGUACAAUACCUCUGUCUUCUCGGCUCGGAGACGAUUAUCAUGCUGUGCGAAUGGCACAGAUCCUGGUCAGCAAGCUUGCCAAUGCGCCGUCAGAUCCCCUCAGCGAGGAUGGACCAGAAGAUGUUAUCGUUCAAGGCUCUUGGUACCGUAACUUUACCAUCAAGUGGAUCGUGGGGCCAGGUGUGACUGCGAAAAUAUCUGGGGCUAAUCCAGCUGCGAACCCGAAGGUACAACAAAUAAGCGCACCGUACGGCUCUGCAGAUGAAGAGCUUCUCUACUUCACGGAAGAGCCCAAGAUGGCUAUAAUGGACUGUAUCAUGGUCAUCGAAAAUACAUCCGCCAGUGUUACUGUAGCUAGGAGUUCUGGGAACGUUUUGGACUACAGCUUGGUGGCGGACCCACAGCCUGCUCUGGACGCAUGGGAUUACGCCUGGGAUAUCUUGUACCCUAGUCCAACAUCCUACACAGGAAGAGGAAAUGUCAGUUACGGCCAUCUAUUCAUGACGCAGCUCCUCACCGCCCCACACAUCAUCACACCUCACAUAGCACAUUCCUGGCUAUCCUACAACCGCAGCAUCGAAGAAACAGCAAGCGAACGCUUCAACAUUCGCGACCGGGAUCGUGGGCUCAACGUCGAUUUCAUGUCCUACGCAAACUGGAACCUUGCCAACAAAGACACCGAAUCCCUGCUAAAUGCAACAACGCUAUUGCGACAUUCCGAGAAGACUUUACAAAUCUUCUUCAAACACUUUGUCAAUAGCGGGUCGUCGAGUCUCAGCGGGCGCUGGUCAUCUUCAGGACCUGAGAGAGCAGCCUACCAGCGGGCCUCGUCACAGCCUGUGAAUGGGACGUUUACGAAACGGGUUGAAGUUCUUGCUAUGAAUGAGACGGCAACGUGGCUCUCGCUUACCAUACUCAUCCUGCUUAUCGUUAUCCUGGUUGUUCUGGUUGUGAGCUUGCAGAUCGUAUAUCCGAGCUCAUGCAUGCAACAUCGCGUCGAGUGCUUGGCAGACGUACUGGCAAUGGUUGCUGGAAGCGAGGGGCUGAUCGGUUUGAUUGAAGAGCAGGGUGUUGACGGCUUUGCUAAGAGUGGUAGACUGACUAAACUGGGUUGGUUCAGAGACGCGCGAGGAAAUGUUAGAUGGGGUGUUGAACUCGUGGAUGCAGAGGGUGUGGAAUGGGUUGAUGGACCAGAGAAGGUUGCCUCGGCUGGACAUGAUGAGGAGUCAUCAAUUCAGUCCGGGGAAGUAGUCGAUGCGAAUAGUGCGCUUCUGGAAAGCGAACGAAGGUCACCUUCCCUACGGGAUUCCGUUCAGGAGCAACAGACAGGGCCAAUGCUGGAACCCAGCGAUGUCGCCAACAACGCAUCGAGGCUAUAG